AUCAGAUCAGAAAGCAAAUAAUUUCACAUCAUUUUACAGAUUUUAUUUGCUACAUGAAAAGAGAACUGUACGUUUUUCUGGCAUGUCAUUGUCCAUGGCACUGGACAAAAGAGGAAAAUUAAAUCAAUUCAAAUGAAUCUACUCACGUAGAAGAAACCUGAUGUAACUACCUUCACGAGUUUUAUCUGAAUACCACUGGUCUGGACUACUUUUCACUACACAUUAUAACUAAUAUCUCAUUAGUAUAACUGUUUAUUAAACAUCAUGUUUAUGAACAGGUAUGUUUUAUGAGGCAGGCAGAUGCUAUCAAUUGAUGCAUUUUAGGAGACUUAUAGGAGAUAUGAGAUGACAUCACCCUUGAGCUGGACAUACCAGUGUACCAGCAAUAGUAGCAAAGAAAAGACCCCCACCCUGCUGCAUUUUACUCAAAAUAGAGAGAGAAAGGGGGAAAGAGGGAGAAAGGGAGAGUGGAAUAGGCAGGCAUUGAUAGAGGGGGUUGUUUAUGGAACUGAGGAGGUGGUGUGUUCUCAUGUUCCAGCAUCGCUUUAAAUCUCAGCAGCAGAUAAUGAGCUUAGCCACCCUAGCUGGCCUAUGUCAGGACACAGGGGGCAACUGCUGGAUUAAUACAACCCUGCUCGCGACUUAGCCACUGCAAUCCCUCUUCCUUUUCUCCUCCUUUUCUGUUGAGCUGUUUGGACACUUUUUUGUCAUUUUUUUAAAAACUUUUUUCCACACAGGAAUUCUGGAUGAUAUUUUCUUUUUUAAGUGGUUUUCAGUACCAUGAACUUCAAGCAGCAUCUUUUUGCUAGUUAAGUUCGGGAUGAUAAGGACGACUAUGGUCCUACCUGGCCUCCAAAAAAGCAGGAGGAGGUGAAGCCGGAAAGUUGAAUUCAAGCUGGGUGAGACUUUCACCUUUUCACAUAGCAGGACGGGGGUACGACCCUGUCCACCGGAACAAAUAGUCUCAUGCCACUCUCUAAUGCGAAGGUUGCUGAUGGAACGUCUGCACAUCCCCUGCAAGAGGGACAAACCAUGGUGGACUCCCUCACAAAGGUGGUGGCAUGUUACCGGCACCUGGCUUCCUGCAUCGGCAGCUCUACGGACAGUGCAAGUCUGCGGCAGGAGCUCCGUCAAACCAGAGAGCGAGCUCAGAAACUCGCACUGUCCUGCCGCAACCAUCUAACUGCGCGACUCCGGGACAAAGCUCUGUCUGAGGAGGACAGGAAAGAGACAGAGCUGCAGUGGGUGGCCUUCUCCUCCUGCCUGGAGCUCUUUCAUGCAGACAUGUGCAAGGUCUACCACAUCGGCAACUGUUUCUCAGUGGCCAAAAACAGUGCUAUGGUGCAGACCGGCAUGCAGGGAGGUGCCACAGAAGUAGCAGCCCGUGCCCUGAGCAUGCCUGACCUGCAAGAGCACAGUGACGUACAGACAGCCAGCAUGGAGGGCCUGGACCAGAGCCAGCUGGAGCAGGAGAUUGCGCAAGUGGACUGCACUCUGGAGGACAUGGAGAUGAAGGUCAACGUGCUGCGCUGGACAGUGGAAGCAAGAGGACCUCAGUAUGCUGAUCCAGUUAGUGCUGACAGUGCGUCACUAGCUCUCCUGUCUGUUGAUGAAGACGUGUCUGGGAGCUUUUGUGACCGCAGCCAGAUGUUUGUGGUGCUUCUGCUGUGUGGCGUGGCCGUCGUUGCUGUGGUGCUCUCUGUGUGUGUGGUUUUCCUGGCCUGAAAUGCAGCCUUGAUGUGGCUUUCAAAUGCACCAUGUGCUUCACGUGUAUUGCUUGGAGAGGAUGGUGACGCCUCUUUCGAAGCCUCCAAAAAAGUGACCUCAGAGAAUUGUUUCUUUAAGGAGAUGGUCAGUGACAGCAGUUUUCGCGGUGGAGAAAAGCUCAAGUUUAUUAUCUCAUCACAGCAAUUUGGCUUCUCUUGCCCUCACUAUUUUUUUUGUUUUAUCUAACAAAUAUUAGCAUGACGGAGAGUUUACAUUUGAAAAGUUUAGCACUGACCCUGACCCUGGACAGCAUAUUUCUGAUAUAUUUUCCUAGUAUGAGGUCCAAUGUCUCUUGUCUCUUGAUCCAAGGUUAAUGCGUAAUUGGUUUGAGGAAAUGAAUAGUUAACAUACAACUUAAAUAUUGUUACACUAUAUGGCCAAACAGUAAGUGAACACCAUUCCUAAUUAAUUCAGGUGUUUCAGUCAAACAUAUUGCUGACAGGUUUAAAAUCAAGCACAUAGCCAUGCAUACUCUACAGACUAACACUAAGAGCAUAGUGGGUCAUUCUGAAGAGCUCAGUGACUUUAAAUGUGAUUUUGUCAUAAGAUGCUAACUGUGCCACAAGACAGUUUGUAAACUUCCUGCUAGAUCUGCCCCAUUCAUCUGUAAGUGCUUUUAUUAAGUCCUGCUCAGAGCCCUGAUCUUGAUUACACUCAAAACCUUUGGGAAUUGAAAGAUAAAUUGUGAGCCAGGCCUUCUCGCCCAACAUCAGUGCCUGACCUCACAAAUGCUCUUUCGAAUGGGUACAACAUCCACAGGCAGACUGCAAAAUCACGUGGAAAGCUUUUUCAGAGGAGUGAAGGCUGUUGUACAUGCAAAGAGGUGGCAGCUUCAUAUUAAUGCCUAUAGUUUUGGAUUGGGAUGUCAAACAUGCUCGGCCUAGAAGCAUGCUGCCCAGAUGUACACAUACUUUUGGCCAUGUAGAGUACAUUACAAAUACGCAGUAGGGAUUAUGUCCAGAAGGAGGUGGUAGACAGCAGCAGCUCAGAGCCAGUAAAUAUAUACUUAACUAUAUACUGGUGAAAGCUGGUCAAGAUGCCAUUUUUUGGUUAAUGAAUAUGAGACCGCUGGUUGAUAAUGUAUACAGUUUUUGAGGAUAUUGUUUGGACUAAUUAAACUUUUUUUCUAGUGAUGGUCAAAAGGCAUCUUUGGAUGACUUUUACAAGAACACUACUAGAUAAUACAUCAGCACACCCUCUAUGGUUCCCUUAUUACUGCAUGCCACUUUGUGGUUUUGCCAGGAGGGAAACCCUGUAAACCUCAGUUGCCGUGAACAAUGAAAACUGUAGCGCUCAUUUCUGCAACAAGAGAAACUAGCUAGUCGCUAGUGAGUCUAGUAUGCAUUUUUUGGUGUUUGCAAGUUUUGAAAUAGAGCAGAGAGUCAACAUUCAGCAAGAAAAUGAGAGAUUGAAAAGCUUCAAAUAGGAGGAAUCUGGCAAGAUUUAUCCAUAAUCUAGCAUAAAUGGUAGAGUUGAGUCUUAUAGGUUACUAUGGCCUUCAAUAAGAUGAUUCAAACUGCUGAAUUUUCCAUCAUUAAGCACUCAUAAACAUUUUCAAGCUUACACUCGAGCACAAACCAUGGAAAAGCAAUCAUACUUUUGUAUACUGUGAUGUUUUAUUAUUCAUCUACAACAGAGUGUGCUCAUGUAUUUACUGCAAAUACUGUAUAAUAAAAAUUGUACAUUUUCCUUUAUUUCCUUAAUUACAUACCUUGAAAGCAAUAAUAGAUGUGCACCCACCCACCUAAACCUCCGACACCUCCCUCUAUUUCAUAGUCUUUAUUCUUGCAUAUGUGAAAAUAAACAAAUUAAUAAACAAAAUAUCCAGAACAAACACUGACAUGCUCUCUUUUAAAGCUGCUGAAAUAUCUGAAAUGAUAAGUAUAUGAUGAGCUCUCUACAUGUUAAACACAUAUUGCACCUAAUUUGGACCCAGAUGGAAAAAAAAUUGGACAUAUAGUUUUAUAUUUUUGAAUUGCAUUUGAAAUAAAUUGCAAUCUAUGCCGACAUACAUUCCAAAUAUUAAAACCUAUUUCAAAAUGUAUUGCCAUAUUAACCAAAUAUAUGUUAAAAAGACAUUUAUUUUAAAACGUGUGGGGAAAUAUUUCACCCAGAAAUGUACCACUGAAAAAUAAAUGUAUGUAAAUGGAUUCAAUGGAUUCAAAAAUACACAGGAAAAUGUGUGAAAAUAGCCAAAGUAUUUGUCUAAUGCACUCUAAUACUGUUUGUAUACCUUUUGAAAUACAUUUUAUUCCAGUAUCUUAAUUUGCUAGUUAUUAAUACACUGUGAAAAUGCAGUUACGAUUUGAUAUCUUUAUUUUAAAUAUAUUUUGUGCUGUGUUACUGCAUACAUACAUGGUUAAUGCAAAGUACAAUGCAAAACACAGAAGUCAGUACUGUUCACGGAGUUCAUGUAUAUUCAGUUAUAUCUGCAACUUUUGUUAAAACUACACACAAAAUAUGACAACAAAUAUAAAUAUGGAUAUUUAAAAAUACAUAUUUAACAAAAAUAUUUAGCAAACAUCUGUUUGAAAAGUGCAUUUGGAAUAUACACUCACCGGUCACUUUAUUAGGUUCAAUUGCUUGUUAACACAAAUAGCUAAUCAGCCAGUCAGGUCAU